GGCAUGCAUUGUGCUGACUAUCCCUAUGGUGUAUAUAUACGUCCCAUAGCUCUCCGAUUUACAUCGCAGCUUCACACGCGACUUGACAACGGACACACCUCCAAUAAUCCCGACAACAACAAACUUGAACAAUGAACCCAACUCAACCCAACAGCUGGCAUCGACGCUGGUUCGCUCAUCCCGACUUCCAUUACUCCAUUAGCCAUCGCUUUCGUUGGCCUGCCUAUCCUGUCGAAGGCCCUGCAGUAGCUUCCAGUGCUGCGGCUGGUGCUACAAACGCCGCCAGUGCUGGGGCGGCAGGUGCAGCUGAAGGCGCUGCCGCCAACGCUGCCCUCGGUGCCGGAGGGGGACUUCCUCCUCGAGGACCUUACGGAGGCUACCACCAUUACUAUGAUGGGAGGUACCCUUAUGGGCGACGAUUUGGUAGGCGACCAUUUUUAAGGCGCUUCUUCUGGUUUGGUUUGGGUAUAGGAGCCGCGACCAUUUGGCACAGACAUCAUGACCAAAAACGGCAAGAUCUGGAGAGGUUUAUCACCGACCCCAAAUGCUGGUCCAGCAUGCAUCACCGCCGCCCUCUUCCUGCUACUCCCGUCGACUCCACCGCUGCUGCCGCUACCACAAUGGCCCCUCUCGACUCUAACGAUAUAAAUCCUUCAUACGAAGCUUCUCCCAGAGACGAUCAUCGUCGACGGGGCUGGAAGGCUUGUCGAGAGCGGAAGAUGGAGGAACGCAGGUUGAGCGAAGAAGCUCUCAAAUAUCGAGCUCAACCUCAGUCUAACACUCCUACCUCUGCAUCUCGUGACGCAGCCCCUGUGGAGCAGAAGGAGACUGCUGACUUUCAGAGUGCUCGAGAAGCUGUAGAGAAACUCUGGGCAGCAAAGAGGGCCGAAGCGAAUGAGGCACAACAGAGGGCUAAUGACAAGGCUAGAGAAUAUGCUAGUGAGAGGAUCGAGAAACUCAGUGCUGCUCUUGAACGCCUUCGAGUGUCUCUUCAAGAAGAUAACAAGCGAGGUGAAGACAAGAAGUUGGUAUAAUGUAUCAAUUUUAAUGCUUCAUCACAUUAAUAUUGUAAUCCUAAGCCUUGGUGUUAUGUAUCCAUUUUUAAAUGC